UGCCUGAGUCCGGCAAGGCCAUGAAGCGAUUGCCUCAGAAUGGCAAGCAAAUCGGCUCUUAAAGCAGUGCGCGCAGCGCUGGACUCGAAGGAUUUCGAGCUUGCAGCCGAAAAAGCCCAAGAGAUUGUGAAGAAAGACCCUCAAAUCUACCAUGCAAACGUUUUCUUGGGCCUCGCGCUCGACAAACUCAAUAAAAAUGGUGAAGCAGAGGCAGCCUAUCUUUCAGCCAUCCGUGUGAAGGACAAUGACAAGACAGCCUGGCAAGGUCUCAUCAACCUGUACGAAAAACAAGGCGCGCAUAAGCUUGAUCAAUAUCGCGAGGCGGUGAUAAAGCUUGGCUUGCUAUUCGCUGAAGUUGACGACAAACAUCGCUGUCAAGACCUUCUAGACAAGUAUGUCGGUUUCGCGAAGAAGAACGGCUCCCGAUCGCAAUACAAGAAAGCUCUUGAACUACACCUCCCCUCAUCCCCGCUCUACGAUUACCUCCAAGGAAGAAUCCCUCACCCUUCCCAUACCUACCUCCGUUUGAUCGAGAUCACCGAAGCGGAAGAGAAGGAGUUCAUAAACCGGGAAAUAGGCGAGAGACGUACUCGUCUCGGCGCGAAAAUCGACCAGGUUACAUUAGAGGUCAAGAGGGAGGCGUUCAAGCGUAGCGAGCUCGAACAGCUCUAUCGUGGGAUUGUAGACUGGUCUCACGACGACCAGGUCCGACGCACCUACGAGGAGAAGUCUCUACAGCGCGCAUAUGACUUCCUUGCAGUUCUUCCAGCAAAUGAAAAGGAUGCCAAGCGAGUGGAGGUCGUACAGGCUGCUCGUGACAUGGUUAUCAUCAAACAUCCUUUCGAAUUAGCCUGGAAGAUCGUGCUCGAGUGGCAUGACAUUCAGGAUUUCCGGGAAUGGGAUCGUAACUUUCUCGACGACUUCAUUGAGUUCUUUCCCGAAGAUGGGCUCUCUAAAGUUCUCAAGGGAUUCCUUGCUAGCGAUAUCUCGCCAUUUCCAAAGGAAACCAAGGAAGAAGAAGAAGAAGAGUCUAAGCAAGCCAAGGGUAGCAAAGAUCCCAAAGCGGAAGAACACGAGUCCGACGACAACAAUGGCGAGGCCAAUGAACUGGCUGUACAAGAUCAUCUCCUUUUGAUGGUCGAAGGUCUUGAGACAUCAUCCACAUCCAUCGUGGCCCAUCGGAUCGUGGGGGAGCUCUAUCUCGCGCUUGAAGAGUACGAAAGCGCCGCAGAUAUCUGCCGCAAGGGUCUCCGAAAUGUGCAGGAUGUAAUCAAACGGGCGGGACUUGAUCUCGUAAACACCACCGAUGCGAUCAAUAUCAUGCUUGCCAAUUCCCUCAUCUAUUAUCAGUCCCCGCGUCAUCACCCGGAGGCGAAAGCCAUCUUUGAAGGGAUCUUGAAACGGAAACCGACCUCGACGAGCUGUCUGCUUGGCAUCGGCCUCAUUCUCGAGGUUGAUGAGGAUUACCCAGAGGCUGUGAACUUUCUGGAACGUGCACUGGCGCGGGAUCCAUCAAAUAUCAAGGUUCGCGGAGAGCUUUCCUGGUGCAGGGCGCUCAACGGUGACCUUGAAUCUGGUCUCGAGGGUCUCCGGGAGGUGCUCUCAGAUCUCCAGGAGGCGCAAUCGGAAAACCGAGACUUUAAGGCCGAGAUCUACUAUCGGAUAGGAUACUGUCAGUGGGAGAUCGAUCCCUCGCCGGCGGCCCGCAAGGAUCGCGACGGUGCUUAUGCCAGUUUCCUUGCUUCGAUCAAGACUAACAUGAACUUCGCUCCUGCCUAUACCAGCCUUGGAUUGUACUUUGCAGAUUACAAGAAAGACAGGACGCGAGCCAAGAGAUGUUUCCACAAAGCCUUUGAACUGUCUCCGUCAGAGAUCGAAGCCGCAGAGAGGCUGGCACGCACUUUUGCCAACCAGCGGGAUUGGGAUCUCGUCGAAGCCGUUGCUCAGCGCGUGGUGGAUUCAGGCAAAGCCAAACCAGCUCCGGGCUCGAAGCGGAAAGGCUACAGUUGGCCCUACGCAGCUUUGGGCACUGUUCAGAUCAACAAACAACAAUAUCCCAAGAGCAUCGUGUCGUUCCAGGCAGCGUUGAGAAUCUCGCCUAAUGAUUACCAUUCGUGGGUCGGCUUGGGCGAGAGCUACCAUCACUCUGGACGGUAUAUCGCUGCGACCAAAGCAUUCGAGCACGCACAGGCUUUGGAGGAGACGCUCUCGAACUCUGACAAAGAGCAGAUCUGGUUUGCGAGGUACAUGCUUGCAAACGUCAAACGGGAGCUGGGUGAGUAUGAGGACGCCAUUGCUAGGUACGAGGAUGUGUUGAAAGUCAGGCCAACCGAGAUCGGAGUUUUGAUUGCCUUGCUUCAGACGCUUACCGAAAGUUCCUGGAAGAGUCUGGAACUGGGACGGUACAAUGACUGCAUCGAACUUGCACGGCAAGGGGUUAUGAUAGCAAAGUCACUCGCUAUGGAGAGAGUCGACAUAUUCAACCUCUGGAAGGGCAUUGGAGACGCAUGCAGCCUGUUCUCAUACGUGAAAUCAAAGGCAGACAGACUACCGAUCGACGAGCUGCAGAAUCUACUCACAGCCCAACUGGAGCCAUCGGCCCUGGACAUCAUGACUGAUGUUGACCAAGUGGGUGCGGAGUCCCUUGUGUCGCUAACAGCCGAGGAUGAAAGCACUAGCCCGUCAAAUAAAUGCCUAUAUGCCGCAAUCCUAGCCUACAAGCGUGCCAUCCAGGUCUCACUCCGCGAUACUCAUGCUCAGGCCGUUGCUUGGUACAACCUAGGUUGGGCGGAAUACAGAGCCUACAGGAGUUUGAUGCUCAGCUCGACCUCCGAGAACAAGAAACAAACUCGCAAAUUCGCCAAGGCGGCCAUGCGUUGCUUCAAGCGUGCCAUUGAACUGGAAGCCGGAAACUCCGAAUUCUGGAAUGCACUUGGUGUGGUGACGACAAACAUGAGUCCCAAGGUUGCUCAGCAUGCGUUUGUACGAAGUCUGCACCUGAACGACCGCAGUGCUCAGGUUUGGACGAACCUCGGAACGCUAUAUCUCCUUCAUAAUGAUAUUCAGCUAGCCAACGAGGCCUUCACCCGGGCGCAGUCUACCGAUCCUGAUUACGCUCCGGCCUGGGUUGGCCAGGGCUUGCUUGCUCUUUUGUUCGGCGAUAGGCGGGAAGCAAGAGGUUUAUUCGAGCACGCCUUCGACAUUUCCAGCUCGUCAUCCCGUUUGCCCAAGAAGCAUUAUACAAUGAGCUUGUUCGACCAUCUACUGUCCGAUUCUUCUAUUUCCAACGAGAUCUCGCAACUUAUCCAGCCAUUCUUCGCCCUCCACCAGCUCUCCAGCCAAGAGCCUUCCGAUCUGCCUUUCGUCCACCUUUCUUCCCUUCUGGCGGAGCGAAUUGGCGAGUUUUCUGAUGCUGAAGUGAGCUUGCGGACUGUGUGUGCAGGCAUGGAGGCCGAAUAUGAAGUUUCGGAGUCAGCGGCAUCCCUCUCUCGAUAUGCGCAGGCCAACGCAGAUAUCGCUCGUGUCCUUCUCGCUCGUCACGAGUACGAAGAAGCUGCCGAGAAGGCAGAAACAGCACUGAUGCUUUCUGGUGAAGAAGAUGCAGAGAAGUUUGAUCCCGAGACAAACAAGAGACUGCGCCUGUCCGCUCAUUUGACGGCUGGAUUGGCACACUACUACUUGAAGUCCAUGGAUAAUGCUAUCGAUAUGUUCCGCGAUGCGCUUGGAGAGGCGGACAACGCUCCCGAGGUGGUUUGUCUCCUGGCGCAAGUACUGUGGGCCAAGGGCGGAGAAGAGGAACGAGGCGUCGCUCGCCAGCAGCUGUUUGCCUGUGUUGAAGAGUACCCUGACCACAUCGGCGCCGUCACCCUUCUCGGAGCUAUUGCGCUACUGGACGAUGAUAAGGAUGCUGUCGAAGCUGUCGAAUCCGAUCUCCGCAAUAUGAUCACUCGUGAUGAUAUCGAGAUCCACGAGCGGGGUAGGCUGAUCAAGCUCCUCACUGCGGUGUCUACUCUGGGAUACGCGGAAAACGCAGAUAUUCCGGAAGAUAUCAGGCGGAUUGGAGAGGCCACAGCGGCAGUGAUGAGAUCGCCCGCCGAACCACAAGGCUGGGUAGAGUUGUCAUCGGCUACACAUGAGCUGUACCCGGCUGAGAUGGCCGUCAAGAGGGCCUUGCGGAGCAUCCCUCCGCACAGCAACCUGGAAGCUGUGGAUCUCGCUGCUGCAUACGCACAGACCGGAAAAGCGAGCGACGCAUUGCGGGCCAUUAUGGUCGCACCGUGGCAACAAGGCGGAUGGGAAGAGCUGGAUCAUGCAGUGUCGACGAUCGAGUAGUAGCUGCUGCGUUUACUCCACAUACAAGCUGUGAUUAGAUGAAGACCUGGCUCAAGCGUAUUAGAUAG